UGCUGGAAAAUAAAGCGCGCAGCUUGCUUCUUGGUAUCUUGCCGUCUCUCAAUACGUUGUUAUGACUUGUCCCAUCAGGAAAGUGUCAUUCUCGUUAUUCGGCACUGGUAGAUUCACCCCGCGGACCGGUGGAGGAGGUGGAUGUGCUGUUGUUGGGAGCUCAGUGGGGACCUGUUGAUAGCCCACCGGCGCUGCAAUGGAGGUGCCAAACGGAGAAGAAUGACAUUUAACUGAGACAGAAAGCCACAAAGACGCAAUUCAUCCCAACAAUUUGUCAGGCGACGAUGGAAAUCAUGGAUACUCAGCGUGCCUUGGAAGCUGUGGAGAGACUGCAAGCCAAACUAAAGGAGAGAGGAGAGGCCCCCACACAGGAGAAACUCUCCCUGCUCAAGACUGUCCUGCAGAGCCCCCUGUUCCAUCAUAUACUCAGCUUACAGCAAGCUCAGCGGAAGCCCCCAGCGAAGGGGAGAAUUUCCAAAUCAGUGUCCAUGAACUGUGGCCCCUGCCAGGGCAUGGCGCUGAGCCUGAAGACGCUGAGCCACAGCGACUCCUACACAUGGGCCAUGGAGAACCGCAGGCCCAGCAAUGCCAGAUCGAUCCACAGGGACGGCAGCAGCUCUUCUCUGGGCUCGCAGGAUCUGUCCUUCUCAGACAUGUACCAAGAGAAUUGCAUUCAUGCUGAAUCACAAUACUGCACUCCCCCUCGAAUCUCCCGCACCAUGUCGAUGGGGAGAAACCUGUCUGCUAUUGCUCAUGAGAGGCGUCAUGUAGAGAUGAUAGAGCUGACCAAUGAUGGGAAAGGGCUCGGUUUUGGUAUCAUAGGAGGGCGGAGCACAGGAGUUAUGGUCAAGACCAUCCUUCCUGGUGGAGCUGCUGGACGGGAUAAGCGCCUGCGUAGCGGAGAUCAAAUCCUGCGCAUUGGGGAUACGGAUCUGGCGGGCAUGAACAGUGAGCAGGUGGCACAGGUACUGCGAAAUGCUGGUAUCAAGGUGAAACUGCUCAUCGCCAGGGAUAUAACCAAGGACAACCACCUUUCCUCUCCUGUCCUCAGCCAGAACAGCUUGGAUGGCAAGCUCAGCGACUCUAGUGAUGACUAUGAGUUCAGUGUGCAGUUCACUAAGAACAGUCGGGGCCUGGGAUUCACCAUUUCCAGCUACAUAGGUGACCUAAACUCAGUCUACAGCGCUGGCGUGAUAGUGAAGAGCAUAGUGAAAGGCAGCACAGUCGAUCAAGAUGGACGCAUCAACAUCGGAGAUAUCAUCCUAUCUGUGGAUGGGGUGAGCCUGCAGGGUUGCAGUGAGCAGCGCGCCAUGGAGGUGCUGCGGAGGACAGGUCCCCUGGUCAGGCUGAGGCUUUUGAGGAAGGCUGUCCGUCUGAGUCACAUCCUGCCCCCAGUUCCACCCCUGCAUCCACUUCGACACUCCCACAGCUUCCACGAGGGCAACCCCUACAGAGUGGGCCUCAACAAGAUUCAAGAGACAGGAAUCUGUUCCCUGCGAGAAAUCUCCCGGCGAGCAGCAUACGCCAACAGAAGACCCCGACACGAUUCCAGAAACGGUUGGAAACUGACACCAGCUGAGGAGGAAGACCUGAGGAAGAGGUGGCAGCAUGCAGUGGGACAGCGAUAUGAAGUUAUUGUGUGCCAGCUGGAGCGUUUCAGUGAGACAAGUGGUCUUGGCAUCAGUCUGGAGGCCCGAGCAGGACACCACUACCUGUGCUCCGUCUUACCUGAGGGGCCUGUCGGGCAAAGCGGCGAGAUCUUCACAGGAGACCAGAUACUAGAGGUGAAUGGGAUCCCUCUCAUUGGAGAGACACAUAAGGAGGUGGUCAAUAUUCUGAAGGAGCUGCCAAAGCGUGUUUGCCUGGUGUGCUCUCGCAUUGUACCCCCUGUAGUUCCCGACAGUGAUGAGGAAGAUGAGGAUGAUGUCCAUCUCACCCUGAAAGAGCUGCUGGCUGAGUUCAAUGACAAGUUGGACCAGGGUUGUGUCAUUCCCUGUCCUACAGCUGAGGACAUCACCAAGCGUGGCGUGCCCCCCAUGUCACCUCCUCUGGCCAUGUGGGAGAGAGAGGCUCAGGUGGUCGAGCUGGAGAAAGGCGAGUCGGGACUGGGCUUCAGUAUCCUGGACUACCAGGAUCCAGAAGAUGCCACUAAAACAGUUCUGGUAAUCCGCUCCUUGGUACCUGGAGGCGUAGCAGAUCGAGAUGGUCGCCUGUUGCCCGGUGACCGACUCAUGUUUGUUAAUGAAUGUGACUUGGAAGGCUCCAGCCUGGAUUAUGCUGUACAUGUCCUCAAGUCCACUGGCUAUGGCCCUGUCCGCAUUGGAGUUGCCAAACCACUGCCGCUGGAACUGUGCGGCGGCUUAACGCCCAUCUCAGAGAGGAGCUUGCGGGCUUCCUGUGAUGACACUGACAGCCACACUCAGAUCAGCCUAGCUGAGGCAGCGGAGGCUAACACCAGCACUUGCAACUCUGAGGACAACAGCAUCAUCCAGGCGUGUUACGCAACAACGGAAAAUCGGCUGCGGCAUCGUUUCAGCAUCAUGGAAGGCGACGAUAGGCAGCAAGCGCCGCCUCUGCCUCCCCGCACCAGCUUUGAGAGGACAAUCACUGUUGUCCGGGGCAACCGUAGCCUUGGGAUGUCGGUGAGUGCUAUCAAGGACGGCUCAGGCAUGCUGGUGCGCAGUGUGGUCCAGGGGGGCUCUGUUAGCCAGGAUGGCAGGCUGGGGGUGGGGGACGCCAUCUUGGCCAUCAACGGAGAACCUACCUCCAAUCUGACCAACGCCAGGGCCAGGGCCACGCUCCGCAGACACUCUGUCAUAGGGCCAGAGAUGAGAUCCACCCAUGCAGAUCUUGACAGUCUGUGUGACUCGAAUGACAUAACCUAUGUCCCAGCCCAUCAGGUGGAUGAGUACCGUGCCCGUCUGUGUUUACCUCCUCUGGCAUCCAUCAUAGCAAACAGCACCUCUCCCUCACCCACUCCACCAACCCCUUCUCCAGAACCUGCCUCGGCCCCGGCCAGAUCCCCCGGUCCAGUCAGAGCUGCAGCUUCAACUCUGGCUUCAUCCACCCUCAGACCGUCUGCUUCAGUCAAAUCUAAAACCGCGGCUCCAGAUCCAUCUGUUGUCAGAGCCUCUGCUUCUUUCAAAGCUCCAUUCAAAGGCCCAGCCGUAGUCCCUACCAUCACCCCGGCCCCAGACUCAAGUUGGCAGAUUCCAAAAUCUCGACCUUACAUGAAGAAGCAGGAAGGAAAAGAAGAUGGAAAGAUUGUGAAGGAGAAAAAGGACAAGAGUAGUGCAGAUGGGAAAGUACCACAGCUGGAGGUGGAGAUAAAGGUGGAUGGUAAAGAGGAGGGAGAUGAGGAGCUUCAUUCUGGUACCACAGUUUCUUGGGACCAGCCUAGAAGUGUGAGGCUUACUCGAGCGCCAGGCCAGUCCCUGGGUAUCAGCAUAAUGGGAGGCAGAGGCAUGGGCCGGAGACUGAGCAGUGGAGAGAUGAUGAGGGGAGUCUUCAUCAAGCACAUCAGCCCCGACAGCCCGGCAGCAUAUAAUGGCACCCUCCGGACUGGAGACAGGAUACUAGAGGUGUGUGGUGUGGACCUAAGAGACGCCAGCCAUGAGCAGGCGGUGGAGGCCAUCCGCAGAGCUGGAGACUCUGUGGUCUUCCUGGUCCAGUCUGGACAGCACAGAUCUCAGUCCCCUAUGCUCACCAACCAUGAGAGACUAACUCCAACACCACAGUCUAACUCACACAGCAGCAAGGAAGCAGAGACUCCCAGUCUGUUCCUUAGUCUCUCCCCUACAAACCCCUUCACACCCACUCCCUUUAAGGUACCUUCGCCAACAUGCGUUAGAACGGAUCGGAGAAGCCCUGCAACUGUCACAACACCAAUCACAACGGCUGCUGAGGAUGAGAGCGAUACUGGCAGGAAAAAGAUGCUUCAGCGUUAUGGCAGCCUGUCUGGGAAGCUCCACAUGAUUGAGUUGGAGAAGGACCCUGCAGCUCAUGGCCUGGGAAUCAGCCUUUCAGGGAACAAGGAUGGUUCCAGGGCCCGCAUGAGUGUCCACGUGGCGGAUAUUGACCCUCAAGGACCUGCCGGUUUGGAUGGGAGGAUACGGGUCGGAGAUGAGCUCCUGGAGAUCAACGGUCAGAUCUUGUACGGUCGGAGUCACCAGAACGCCUCCACCAUAAUCAAUAAUGCUCCAUCUAAAGUCAAGAUCAUUCUCAUCAGGAAUAAAGCGGCUCUGGGUCAAACGGCACAGGGAUCCACGACAGAGUGUGAGGACACCAUCGGCUCUGAGACAGACUCUGCAGAGCGUGGAGGAUUAUCCAGAGACAUCCAGCACAUCAUCCUGCCUCAGGAUCACACAGGUCUUGGCCUCUGCCUGGCAGAGGAGGAGUCCAGUGAAGGAGUGGUGAUCAGGUCCCUGAUCCAGCACGGCACUGCCAGUAAGGAUGGCAGGAUUAAGGUUGGAGACAGAAUCAUAGCAGUGGGUGAUGAACCUGUGGCAGGACUGUCAGUGGACAAGGUGUCCAGUUUGAUUCUCAAACACCAGGUCACUGUCAAGCUCUCCAUCAGCCGCUCCAAGAGUCUCCCGUCCUCUUCUUCACUACCUCCCCCGGUGUCUCUUUCUCACCCCUGCUCUCUCUCUCCUGCCUCCCUCCCUGUCUCCUCCUCUUCAUCACACAAUACAAUGCAGACCUCUCCCACAGGGCGGUCUGAUUUGCUAGGAUCAGCUCCCACGACUUCUGAUCCCCUGAGCUGCCCAGUUGUGGCUGGCAGGGAGACCACCAUAGAGUUCUGUAAAGGAAACAUAGGCCUGGGCCUCAGCAUUGUAGGAGGAUGUGACACUCUGCUGGGGGCAGUAAUAAUCCAUGAAGUAAAUGAUGGAGGAGCAGCACAGAGAGACGGAAGGCUGCAGGCUGGAGACCAGAUAUUGGAGGUAAAUGGUAUUGAUCUGCGGCAAGCCACUCACGAUGAGGCCAUUGGCGUGCUGCGUCUCACCACCCAGCGCAUUCGCCUGUGUGUCUACAGGCACCAGGAGGCCUACAGGGAGGAGGACCUAUGGGACGUCUUCAGCCUGGAGCUGAGGCCUCAUCCUGGAGAGGGGCUGGGUUUCAUCACCGUGGGGAAGAGUAAUGACACGGGCAUCUUUGUGUCAGAUAUCAUCAAAGGAGGCGUAGCAGAUUCAGAUGGCAGGUUGUUGCUAGGUGACCAGAUCCUGUCAAUCAAUGAGGAGGAUGUCCGGGCAGCAUCGCAGGAGUAUGCACACAAGCUUCUGCGGAACUGCUGUGGAGUCGUUCACCUGGAGGUGGCUCGUUUUAAAGCUGGGCUUCAGUACUCAAGGCAGAGCCAGAGCGAAGACUCUGACUGUUCCACCCUGACCCCCUCGAGUGGAUGUGAUGCUCCUUUCAGCCACCAGAGGGAGACAGAUAACAAGACAGGGAGCUUUUCAUUUCAAGACCACCCUGACAUCAGAAAAGUAAUAAUACAAAAGGGUCCGUGUGACUCCCUGGGCAUCAGUGUAGCAGGAGGAGUGGGCAGUCCCCAUGACAACGUACCUCUUUUUAUUGCUACCAUGGAUACCAAUGGACUGGCUGCCAAAACGCAGAAAUUACAGACAGGAGACAGGAUCCUCAGAAUCAAUGAUGUGUCCGUGGAGGGGAUGACUCAUGUCCAAGCUGGAGUCCUGCUGAAGAAUGCCACCGGAACCAUCAGUCUACAGGUGGCAGCGGGUUCGGGUGGGUGCAGCACAAAGGACCACAAUGAUGUGCACACGCAGUCGUCAGGCCAGGCCAGCAGCCUGCCCCGCUUUCACAACAACCUCUGUGCUCGCACGUAUAAGACCAUCACUCUAGAGAGAGGCUCCUCGGGCCUGGGCUUCAGUAUCGUAGGAGGGUUCAGCAGCCCGCACGGAGACCUGCCGAUCUACAUCAAAACUGUCUUCAACAAGGGGGCGGCCAUAGAGGACGGCAGGCUGAAACGUGGAGAUCAGAUCAUUGCUGUGAAUGGACAUUGUCUGGAGGGUGUGACUCACGCUGAAGCAGUGGACAUCCUCAAGAGGACCAAGGGAACUGUAGUCCUAACAGUGCUCUCUUGAGUCGUGGCCGAUUGUGUUAGAAUGUCUUAAUGUCUUUGCUAAGUAGUGCAUUAAAGAAUGUAGCCGUCUACCUUAGCGCUGCCUCACAUAAACCUUAGAAGGCAAAUGUGGACAGUUAAAGUGAUAUAGUUUUCUAUUAAAAUUAUAAGAAGAGUAGAUGCUGUAGGUAUAAAUGUACCUGAAUUUAGUUUGAGGAAGCUACCUCAAACUCAAACUGCAGCUGGAUGUAUUAACGUGAACAAUUUCCCCAAUAUAAACUCUUAUUCCCGUAAAGGUGUUACUAGUAAUUAUGUGUUAAUGUUAUAGGAAUCUCCAUAUCCUGAUCAUGAAUAUCUGUGUAUUCAUACAGAGAGGACAUUUUUAAGGUUACCAUAGAAGUGAUGCUCAUAGAAACCAAAGCACCCAAGGCAUAUAUAUUAAAGAGGACCUAUUAUGCUAGUUUUCAGGUUUAUUCGUGUAUGUUGAGUGUUUACAAGAACAUGUUCACAUAAUUCAAUGGUCAAAAACACUUUUUUUCUCAUACUGUCUGCCUGAAUAUACCUGUAUUCACCCUCUGUCUGAAACACGACAUGUUAGCAGCUGUCUCUCAACAAAAACUAGUCUGGUCUGAUUGGUCAGUCACCAAUGAGAGCUUCAAAAUCAAAAUUAUCACAACUGGCCAUGUUUUAGUAGGAAUAUUAUCCGAAAUCUGGGACAAAUAACAUCAGACACCAACAUUACAUUUUUCCCUCACAUUAGCAUGUAGCUACAUGUAGCAGUGUACUUGCAGCCAGGGGAAAGACUGUAAUAGAGUAUAGUGGAGCUUUCUACCUUCAAAAAAAAAUCACCAGUAGAAGCUGCAAAACCAAAAUCUUUACAACUUAACAUGUUCUAGUAGGAGUAUGAUCAGCAAUCGGGGAGAAAUUAACAACAUCUCAAACCAAGAUUACAUGUUUCCCUGAUGUUAGCAUGUAGCUACAUGUAGCAGUGUACUUGCAGCCAGGGGAAAGACUAUAACAGAGUAUUGUGGCACUUUCUACUUUGAAAAAAUCUCCAGCAGAAGCUUCAAAACCAAAAUCUUUACAACUCAACAUGUUCUAGUAGGAAUAUGAUCAGAAAUUGGGGAGAAAUUAACAACAUCUCAAACCAAGAUUACAUGUUUCCCUGACGUUAGCAUGCAGC